CUGAGCAAUAUUUGAGGCAUUUAUCUAGGGUGCACUGGCACCCAGUGUUGCCUUACAGCGCUCAAACGCACUGUAUGUGUUAUAUGUUGAGACUGCGGCCUCAACUUUUUAUGUUUUUGCAGUUGAAUGGAGCUGUCGCAAAGACACCCACACACACGCACACACACAGACAGACAGACAGACAGACAGGAAGAAACGUGGACAGGAACAGGAACAGGGACAGGAUAACUUUUGUUUGUGUUUAUUGUGGUGACAAAAGGGAAAUUAGCAAUGACAAUUAGCCGGGAUUGCCCAUGUCCGUGUCUCGGCCUGUGUGUGGGUGUGUGUGCUUGUGCAUGGUUUCAUUAAUUAACUGAGACAUGAAUGAGAGAGUCAAACAAGGCCAAGAGGAAGAGUUACUGUCCCAGGAGACACAUACACGGAGAGAUUCAGUAAGUUAGUAACUCUUUGCGGCUACUGCUGUGGCCACUCAUGCCCUAAUGGACCAUCUCAGUUGGGGUUAAUCUCUUUAAACACGGCCACUCAGCUCCACUCCAACCACGGCAUACAGAUACUCGUACUCGUAAACCGAAACCCCACUGCCACCAACACCACCACCACCAACGAACAGCAAAAGUUAAUCAGUGUAAGAACUUCUUGCAUCGCAUCGCCUGGAUCGCACACGGAUUUAGAUCGGCCAGCUCGUCCCAGAUGGCUUGUGGCUGCGCACACAGUAGUUUAGGAUACACAGAGAAGGAUAGACUUAUAGUGACGCCGGGACAGGGACAGCGGCAGCAGCAUCCACGCCAGCGCCGCCAGGUGCGUCUUCUUCAGAACAGUCCGUCCUCCGACCAGAGCAACGGCACAUUGGUGGCACAGCGCCUGAUCAACUCCGGCAGCAGCACCAAAAUGAAGACGCUCUCCUCCUUCAUCAGCGAGCAUCCCGAGGAGCUGGCCCAGCAGUGUCGCGUCCAGGCCAACCCCAACGCCCCUGGCAAUGGGAAUGGCCAGCAGACGACAAAGUGGAAGAGCCUCAGGGCCGUGAUGGCUUACUACUGCUCACUACGACGCAUUAAGAGGAAUGUUGCUCACUAACCUACUAUCAUAUACUCGUGCAUAUAUGCGUAUAUACCUACAAUAUCUGUUUAACUGGAGAUUCAAGUUUUUCUAGCGUUAUCUAACCUAUGUUUUUGUGUGUGUGUAAACUCUCUUGCAUUGUGUGCGUGCGUGCGUGCGUGCGUACGCACGUGUGUGUGAGAUAAUCCCCCUUCUUGCUCACCCUCCACAGAAAAUAAUCGUAAAGUCCUUGAUAUGACCCUCGAUACUAACUAACCGACUAACUCUCAUUGAUCGCUCUGUCUCACACAUACACACACACUCUUUGUCUCUCUCUCUCUCUGUCUCUGUUACUAAUUACUAACCCGAUCUUAUCGUAGUGUAUGAACCUAUGUGUAACUAUCUAUAUAUCUUAUAUAUCAUUGAUGUGUAAGCGAAUGCCAGACCUCUCUCAAAACUCAAAACUCAACUCAACUCUAAUCCAAAUCGCUCGUUCGCCUGCUCGCUCAUUCGCUAACUCUCUCCCUCAGUCCAUCAUUAGAUCUGUUAAUUUUUCUCUGUGUCUCUAUUUCUCCCACUCAAUGUUCUAGGGCUCUAGGGCGGUAUGGUUAAGUAUUGUCAAAGAAACAACAAUAAACAUUCAAUUUCAUAGAAGUCCCUUCAGAUGAUGCUGCCUUUAAGCGGUUUUUAAGGGGUUUUCAUAGGUGUUGCAAAGCAUUGGACAGAUAUAUGUUUAACCAUAUGAAUAAUACCUUAUUUUAUGAGGGAGGUACAUACAUAGCUCUGUAGUUUUAGUUCAGGGUGAGCCAAUUCUGUAUUAACUUAAACUCUAAAGAACUCUAAGCUCUAUAACUUUCUCCACACACUCUCCUUGUGGGAAGAAAAUUUUGUCAAUUAAUGGUUUAAUCAGUGUUGAAAAACGUUUUUCAGAAAUUUACAUAAGUUAAUCAACACAGUGCAUAUUACAAGAGAGAAGGCACUGUAUUAUUUAAAAUUUGCAGGUACUGAGAAUAUAAAUUACCUACAUUUUCAACUCCAAAACUUGAAAACUUUCUCCGCACACUCUGUAGCUUAAUCAGUGUUGAAAAGCGUUUCGUUUGUCAGAAAUUUACAUAAGUUCAUCAACCAUGCACAUGUCCUGUACCAUGUAUGUGUACAAGCGGUAGCACUGUAUUAUUUAGAGAGAAAAGAAACGAUUUUGGCUCAGGAUUAAAGGAAUUUCAGCACGCAACUUUAAAACUUUCUCGUUGCUCUACAGGGAUUUACUCGUUUGAUAAGUGUUGAAAAGCGCGUGACACAAAUUUGCAUAUAUUAAGCAUAUGCAUAAUAUAUGUAUGUAUGCAUGUAUUUCUCAUAUGGCGGAGGUAGCACUGUAUUAUUUGGAGGGGAGCAAAGGUGUCAGGGCCGGGAACACUCCACUCGUACACUUAACCACUUUCUGUUCUAGUUUCGGUUCAUUUUUGGCAAGGGGAAACUUAAAAGUUUACCCCACCUAAACAAGUUGAUGCCAAGCUGAGGCAAGCACACACAGAUUCAGAACUUACAUACAGAUGCACACACAGAUACACACGUGCACAGACAUGGCAUGACAGUGUAAAGGGGCUGAAGAAGCAGAAGAACUUUUGCUUGAAAAAUCUCUGCAAACAGCAAAAGUUAAAGUGGCUUUUGUUUGUGUGAGAAGAGAGAGUGUGUGUAUGUGUGAAUCGAUAUGUUUAAGCUGCUGCUGGCUGCUACUGGCUGCCGCCUGCUGGCUGCAAUGUAGGCGAACUUUUGACACAAAUACACCAACACACAGACACACACACACAUAGUACAGAGAGAGGAGCAUUCAACAUGCGCCUAUGCAUACGCCACAAUGCUUGUUGUAUGCCGCUUGCCGUUUGCAGCUUGCCGCCUGCCGCCUGGCAUUGUGCAUACCGAAUGGGAAAUUGCCUUCUGACUGACAACUUACAAAGAAUUUGAAUUUGGAAAAUUGCAAAUUUAUGUAGAAGCCAAGGGAACACACUGACUCAGACACAAAUACACUUCGUACCAGAGAAGGGGGAACCCUUGGAAGACCAAAAUCUAUGCAGUCUUCUUUGAAUCCGCCACUGAGUCCUGCCUCAACAAAAGGAAGAGGGCAGUGCCUGGAUGACAUCUCACUGCCCCAGUCUCGGCGGAUCCAUUGCCCCAUUGCCCCUUAUUGUCCCAUUUCCACAUUGACCUUUCCCCUCUCCCAAUGUGGCUCUCUCUCUCUCUCUCUCUCUUAAGAGAGAACUUGUGGUUAGGUAAUUCCUUUACAAGUUACUUUGAUUCGCAAUCAAAUGCAUUGUUCGAUCUGUCGUCUGUCGGCAAUUGUGUUUUGAUUUCAAGCUACUUGAGAUGCUGCUCACUUCUGCCGUGUGGCACAGGUACGAGUUACAUAUCUCGAAUAGAGAUGUGUUGAGUUCUUAAUGGGGAAUAAAUCAAUCAAACAGUUCAAGCAUUGCAUCUAACUAUUUAUACACUCGGGUCACUAGGCUUCACAUACUUACAUGUGUGCGUCGAUGUCGAUGUGCAGUUGAAAGUUCAGGAAUUAAAACUGUCCGAAUUGGGAGCUGAGUUCAGUCAACUGUCUGUUUAGCUGCCAGUUAACGUAUAAUUGGACAUUGAUAAAUUGAAAGAUAUUUUAAGUGAGCCCAAC